AUGGCCGCGAGAAUCACCACUUUCCUCAAGAAUGCCUGGUCGAAGGAGCUCGUACUGGUGGUGUCCUUCUCAGUUUGGAGCCUCGCUAUAAUUAUACCCAUAAUCAGCCCCUACACCAAGUAUGCUUCCAUGAUCAACCAGGCAACACCCUACCCAGUCCCUGAACGAGAUAAUGGGAACAUGCCUGAUGUGCCCAGCCACUCCCAGGACCUUCAGGCACAAGCCUGGAAUGGCUGA